AUGGAAGUGCUGCCAGUGGAUUUGCCGAAGCUCCGCUCCUCCUCGCAUUCCCAGCAAGAAAUAGCCGAGAGGGUCAACCAAGCUCACCUCUUGAGUGUCUCCUUGCAGCGUGGCUCAGAACAGCUGCUCGCUGAAUACGUGUGUCGCCAAGGGAGACCCUUUGGGAGCGCCGACUUCCCGCCCGCCCCUGCUUUUCCAGGGCUGCCGUCGCCCUCUCUUUCUCCGGAGGCCUGGAAGCACCUGAGCGACGCCGAGCGGCUCCAACAGAACGUCACCGCCUUCUCCAACUUGCCCGAGUUCCUGUCGGCCGUGAAGCGCCAACAGAAGACGCUGAACCCUGAUGCCUCGGAUCUGCACCGCCGGCUGGAGACCGUGGGCUGGCAGUGCCGUGGCCUGGCCAACAAUCUUAAAUCCAUCAUGGCCGCCCUGCACCUGGCGCCGGCUCCGGCUCCGCCGGUUGAACCCCCAAACCCGGACAGCAGCUUCGCCCAGAAGCUCUUCGGCUACUACCUUUGCCAGCUCUGUCGGGACUGGGCCAGCCGAAGUGAAGAGGACUUGACUUUGCUGGCUGCCAAAUAUCCCCUCUGA